UGCGUAAACCCCGCCAAGAUGUUCAAAAAAUUUGAUGAAAAGGAAAACGUGUCCAACUGCAUCCAGCUGAAAACAUCUGUUAUUAAAGGCAUUAAGAACCAGCUGAUAGACCAAUUAUCUGAGAUCGAACCAUGGCUAAACCAAAUUAUGCCAAAGAAAGACCCUGUGAAGAUAGUACGUUGUCAUGAACAUACAGAAAUCCUCACAGUAAAUGGAGAAUUGUUGUUCUUCAGGCAAAGGGAAGGACCAUUUUAUCCCACACUCAGAUUACUUCAUAAAUAUCCAUUCAUCCUACCACAUCAACAAGUUGAUAAAGGAGCCAUUAAAUUUGUACUUAGUGGAGCAAAUGUCAUGUGCCCUGGCCUGACGUCUCCAGGAGCUAAACUUUAUCCUGCUGCUGCUGAUACAAUCGUGGCAAUAAUGGCCGAAGGAAAGCAACAUGCCCUGUGUGUUGGAGUCAUGAAGAUGUCGGCAGAGGAUAUUGAGAAGGUCAACAAAGGAAUUGGCAUUGAGAAUAUCCACUAUUUAAAUGAUGGUCUGUGGCAUAUGAAGACGUAUAAGUGAAGCAGCAGGAAUAAUCCAUUCCCUGUCAGCUUGGCCCAUUUUUAAUUCUUCUGUUUAAAAAAUGUGGCUAAAUGUAAACUUUGUUUUGUGGUGAUGCUAAAUCAAUCAAGUGAAUGCUGAAAUAUCAUCAGGUGAGAUGGUUUUCUUUACACCUGUCCUUUGGCGUUUUAACUCUCAUGAACUGUGGUGCCUACAUCAAUGAAAUUGUCAAACCAAGUUUUUAUGUGCUUCAGUCAUAGCUAGUGUAAUAAAUGACUACUGCAAAUAAAUAAAU